GCAUUCAACCAUCAAUUGCAUGCAACCACAUUGGAUUAGUUUGACGGUUGGUGUUCUGCAUAGAAUGUGUCAACCGUCAGUUCGUAGAGUCGGGUUACGCAAAGAUCAUGUCGAGUGACUGCUGCUGCAGCCGGUGCAGACAGAAUGCAGAUGGAAAUGGAGGUCACGCGUGGUAUUUGCUUGCACUGGAGUGUCCGGCAGAAAUCACGGCAAGUAUGGAUUCAGCAUUCCAAUUGACCCGCCCUCUAGACUAUCACACACUAUCUGAAGAUCAUCCAAGGUGCAACUAGAAUUUCAUAGUGAGGCAAAGGCUCAAUCUACGCCUACUGUGAAAGAUCAUUGUUCGUCUAUCAGUAAUACCCC